CGGCCCCUCCCCCCCGCUGCCGUAAGUGAUGCUGGCGGCGGUCGCGGCAGGCUGUGAGGGGGUUGGAGGUGCUGGAGGAUGGGGCGCUGCUACCUGUUUGGUCUGUGCUUGCUCCUCGGGCUGCUGAGGGCUGGCCGGGGGCUGCAGAACGUCACCGCCCAGCUCUUCGGGGCCGAGGCCUUCGGGACCCUGGCGGCCUUCGGGGACUUUAACUCGGACAAGCAGACGGACCUGUUCGUGCUGAGGGGCGGCAAUGAAUUACUUAUCUUUCUGGCAGACCAAAAGGAGCCGUAUUUUAAACCCAAAGUCAAGUUGUCAAUAAAUCAGGGUGUCAUAACCAGUGUGGUUCCUGGAGAUUAUGAUGGUGAUUCACAAAUGGACGUCCUUCUGACAACAAAACCACAAAAUCACAUCACUAAUGAAUUAUCGGUUAUUAUUUUUUGGGGACGCAAUCAAACAUUAGAUUCUAAUCGUAAGACUGUGUUAAAUAAAACUUUUCAUGAUGAGCCUCUAAUUAUGGACUUCAAUGGUGAUUUAAUUCCUGAUGUCUUUGGUGUCACAAAUGAAUCAGAUAGACCUCAGAUACUGCUAGGCAGGAAUUUAUCAUGGCAUCCUGCAUUGGACACUAAGAGUAAAAUGUACAUACCGCACUCUCAUGCAUUUAUAGAUUUGAAUAGAGACUUCACUGCAGAUCUGUUUCUUACUACGUUAGCAAGUUCCCAAAAAAUUCAGUUUGAAACAUGGGUAAAUAAGGAUGGGAAUUUCUCCAAAGCCACAGACAUAAAGCAAAAACCUGAAGACACGAUGGUUGUUGGACAAUCAGUGUUUGCCGAUUUUGAUGGGGAUGGGCAAACUGAGCAUUUACUGCCAGCCUGUGCUGAUGUAACUUGUCAAAAAAGUGCCAUCUACUUAUCUAAACCAGGACUGAAUCAGUGGAUACCAGUUUUACAGGACUUCAGAAAUAAGGACACACUCUGGGGUUUUGUGCCGUAUAAAAACAAUCAAUCCUCAGUUCCAAUUACUCUUCACAUUGGAGAUUACAAUAUGGAUGGCUACCCAGACGCUCUUGCCAUACUAAGGAAUACUUCUGGAAGCAAUCAGCAGGCAUUUUUAUUAGAGAAUGUCCCAUGCAACAAUGCAAGCUGCAGGAGUGUACAUCGUAUGUUUAAAGUCUACUGGGAACUCUCUGAUCUAAAUCAAAUCAAAGAUGCUGUGGUGGCAACCUUCUUUGACAUUUAUGAAGAUGGAAUCUUGGAUAUCAUUGUACUAAGUAAGGGCUAUUUCAACAGUGAAUUUGCCAUCCACACAUUAAAGAAUAACUUUGAAGCAGAUGCUUAUUUUGUUAAAGUUAUUGUUCUUAGUGGCCUCUGUUCUAACGAUUGUCCUAGUAAAAUAACACCAUUUGGUGUGAAUCAGCCUGGACCUUAUAUCAUGUACACAACCGUAGAUGCAAAUGGGUAUCUGAAAAAUGGUUCAGCUGGACAACUUAGCCAGUCAGCUCAUUUCGCUCUCCAGUUGCCUUACAAUGUGCUAGGUUUGGGACGCAGUGCUAAUUUCCUUGAUCACUUAUAUGUUGGCAUUCCUCGUCCUUUAGGAGAAAAGUCCGUAAGAAAACAGGAAUGGACAGCUAUCAUCCCGAACUCCCAACUUAUAGUCAUUCCAUAUCCACACAACGUUCCUCGAAGGUUGAAAACAUUAUAUCUCAUCACCACAAAUGAGGCACUUGCAGCUAAUUUUGCUGAAAUACUUAAGUAAAAUCAAUAUCAAACAAUUUGUACUUCAAGGAAAGAAUGAGAUGACAUUUGAUUGGCUAUAGUUGUUUUACAGCCUUAUGUGACUGUAUUGACAUCUUGUUUAUUAACUCCCUAUGAUUAAUAGGGCUGGUUUUCAUAAAACACCAUAUCACACUGGCACAUCUGAUGUAUAUGAAACCAAUAAAACUAUAUUUUUGAACAUAGUCUUUAAUGGCUCAGAAAUAUGCUACAGCUCAGGAGUAAGCUUUCUGGAGCCUAAACUCCUUUAUUAUCAACAGUAAAAAUUAUUCUGAUGUGAAAAAUCUUUCCACUAUUAUAGUCUGUAGUGUACUCUGCGUAAGGUACCUACUACAUGUUUUAAAAUCAGUUGUUAUGAAUACCCAAGCACAAAAAAGUGACUGAAAACAGAUUAGAGAGACUGUCACUUUGUCUCUCAAUACACUCUAAUAGUAUGGGAUGUGCAAAGACGUUUGUCACAAAUACUGAAAUUGUUGCUAUCUCUGUAUCUCAUAGAAAUGCCCUGUUAUAACCUGAUUUAAGGCCACAUUAUUUUUUCAUGGAGUAAAACCUAGAGCACUCAGGAAGCUCCACAAGUGUGUCAGGCAGACUCUUUUAUACAUU